AUGAGUCCCAGCAAGUCACUACCUUUCAAGGAGGAUGCCGGCGCAUUUACCCUAGAUUACGCACAGUCUCUGGACGCCGAAGACCCACUACGACAUCUCCGGGAUGAAUUCCACAUCCCCACAAAGGCUGAUUUAAAGCGCAAGAAGCUUGAGCCGGAUGAUGAGGACGAAAAUCCGGAAGCAUUAGAGCCAUGUACCUACCUCUGCGGCAACUCGCUCGGCCUGCAGCCCAAGCGGACGUUCGAUUAUAUCUACAAAUACCUCAGCACCUGGGCGACCAAAGGCGUAUAUGGGCACUUCAAGGAGCUGGAGGACUCGAUGUCUCCGCCAUGGGUACACAUGGACGACGCAGUAAAGGAGCAGACAGCGAAGAUAGUCGGCGCGCUGCCAAGCGAAGUUGCUGUUAUGGAGACCUUGACGGUGAACCUGCACCUUCUGAUGGCGAGCUUCUACCGGCCGACGAAGGAGCGGUACAAGAUUAUAAUUGAGAGCAAGGCUUUCCCUAGUGAUCAUUAUGCCGCCCUCUCCCAACUCGCCCACCACGGCCACCCCCCGUCAGGCCUCAUCUGCAUCACUCCCCCUCCCCCCACCUCAACCCCCCUCCUCACAACCGCCCACAUCCUUUCCACCAUAGAAGCUCACGCCUCCACCACCGCCCUGAUCCUCCUCCCCGGCAUCCAAUUCUACACCGGCCAGCUCCUCGACAUCGCCACAAUCACGGCCUUCGCGCACAAGCACUCCAUCACAAUCGGGUGGGAUCUGGCACACGCGGCCGGAAACGUGCCCCUCCAGCUGCACGACUGGGACGUCGACUUCGCCGCGUGGUGCAACUAUAAGUACAUGAACUCCGGGCCCGGGACAAUCGGGGGGUUGUUUGUGCAUGAGCGGCACGGGCGAGUCGACGCGCCCUCGGAAGACAGGCAAGGCGGAAACGAAGAAGGUGAAGCGGGCAGCUACACGCCCCGUCUCUCCGGCUGGUGGGGCUCGGACAAAGCAUCCCGCUUCCGCAUGGAGAACCGCUUCGUGCCCAUGCCCGGCGCGGCGGGGUGGCAGGUCAGCAACCCGUCUGCGAUCGACAUGACGUCCGUCCUAGCUUCGCUGUCCGUGUUCGGUAUGGCGGAUAUGCAGGCGUUGAGGGGCAAGAGUCUGAAGCUGACGGGCUAUCUGGAGCGUUUGCUGCUCGAGAUGCCGUGGGAGGGGGAGAAGGAGGCCGGCGCCAGGCCGUAUACGAUCAUCACGCCUAGCAACGAGGCGGAGAGGGGCGCGCAGCUGAGCGUGAGGCUGGAGGAGGGGCUGUUGGAGCGGGUUAUGGAGGUGCUGGAGGACGAGGGCGUGGUUGUGGAUGAGAGGAAGCCGAAUGUCGUUAGGGUGGCGCCGGCGCCGCUGUAUAACAGUUUCGAGGAUGUGUGGAGGUUUGUGCGGGUAUUUCAGGGCGCGUGCCGCGACGCGCAGGAACGGAAGAUGAGCAAUGGGGAGAAUGAAGGUGGCAGGAGUCUGAUGGUAGAUGGUGGAAAGGAUAGGGGAGGGUGGGAAGAAAUCAAGUGA